GUAUAUGUAUCCUUACCACGUCUAUAAAUAGACAAUCAAUUUGCGUUACUUUCUCCCAAGGCAAGAAAAUCGUACGUAUAUUUCUCAAGACUUGAAGAAAGCUAGCAAUGGUGCAAUUGGGUGAGAAAGAUAAGGCUGUGUUGACAAACAAGGACAUCAAAAAUGGUGGUCAGAUUACUGCAAUGGUCGUGGGCGCUAUAAGAAGCAGUUUCAGCCAACGAAUGAGGAAGUACAAAGAGCACAGCUGGAUAGGGAGUUUCAUGGCGAGGCUUCCAGAGUUCAUUAAUGGAGGCGAUGGGGCUGUGUUUGCGCACAAGGGCUCUAAGGGAGCCGUGAUUUAUGGUCUCGAGCAAGAUGCAUCACCUCGUCCUCUUGCAUGGAUACUGGCCUGGUCCAAACCCGAUACCCUUGGUCAACCUAACAGGGUGUAUGUGGAGGGUGGGACACUAGAGAGGAUCCUUAGCAAGGGUUGGAAUGAAAUUGAAGAGGAUCUUGAUAAGUCUGGAACCUACAGUCAAAACUAUGACAAGGAAUCAGGUGCUACCAUAACUGCUCGCAUCCAGGACGAUAGCGAGAAAGUGGCUAUCAUCGAUUCCACCUACAGUAUCAACGACCCAGGGAUGCCAUGGCCAUAAUUCAUAAACUUCCUGUCCUACCCAUGGCCCAUGGGCUCAUAAUAUUUAAUAAUAUAAUAUAUGUAUUCAGAAUAAACACACGCAGCUUAGUACGUGUGCUAACUUAUCACAUCUUUAAAAUGCCUAUUGUAUUGCUUCGAUUUGUCAUCAACUGGGCAUAGUCUCAUAUUUAAUAUAAAAUCCUUAUUACGCG